AUGAUGUUGAAUGAAUUUGGACAAAAUUUAACAAAAAAUAUUAAAGUUGAAUAUGCAAAGGCCAUUGUUCAACUUUUUCCCAAGCUCAAAGAUCCAACUAGUAGCAAGGGGGGUUACGAAAUAUUUUAUGAUGACUCUCAAAAAACGCCAAGUGGAUAUUUGGCUUGGCGUCUUCGAACUGUGAUGAGAAGUAGGGGUAACAUAAGAAAGAGAAAAUGUGAUGAUGGAAUAGAAAAUAGGGUGCCAUUUAAAAAGCCGAAAAAUAUUGAAAUAAGCACAGAAGAAGAACGAGACAUAGAGUUUUUAAAAAAUUCAAAUUACAAGACUCAGAAAGAGGAGAUUUUUAAAAAAAUGAAAAGCACAAUUAAUGUGAGAAAACAGAGAAAUUUUACACUUGAUGAUUUUCCUCGAUUUCUCGACACUGAUGGCUUGAUUCAUCAAGAUUUUAAUUUGCUUUAUCCUGAUUCUUGUCCAUUUGCCCCAAAAUUUGAGAAAUACUUAGACAUUAUCUUUAAAGUGUAUGACAAAACUGCUUGCAGUAAAUCAUCAUUAAUUGAUGGAACUGUUUCAGGUUGGGAUAAGCCGACGCGAGCACUUUUAGCGCUAUUGCAUAUGCUGCCAGCUACUGCCAAGGGAAAAAAAGUGGGAAGAAGAGACUCAUUUGAAUCAUCUGUGGACAAAUUACUAAUUUUCUGCACUGUUGGAGAACCUCUACAAAGGAUCGUGGAUGAAAGAAAAGGAUUCCAGCCAUAUCUAAUUGGCAUUGGAGCAAACAAAGCUGCCAUCUCAGAGUACAAGGUAGUUAUUGACUCAAAAAUAGUGGACACUCGUUGCAACAACAUUAUUGAGUCAUUUGAUUUUCUUUUUAAAUGCUACUUCGUUUUUAAGUAUAAAUUAAUUCCAUCAUAUUUGAGAACUUUGAAUUUUUAUUUUAAUAACGAAUAA